AUGCGUUCUGCUUCUGCUUUGGGGCUUAGGCUUGCGCUGCUCGUUUAUCCGAUGCACGGUCAGAUGCACGGUCAGGGAGUUGGGCUCGGAGGCGCUCCGAGCCCGAACACGUUGUUGCAAGACCUCCGCACCAUGCAAUUUCCCAACGCUCCUGCCGGUCAACAGCCUGGUGCCUUUCCGGGGCAGGCCCAGUUCGGGUUCGGGCAACAAGCGGGCCAGGCCAUGCCUGGCAUGGCGGCUCCCAUGGCGCCUGGCGGCUUGGGUGGUGCUUUCGGUGCCCAGACUCAGCCCAGCCCGGGAGGAGGCGCCUUUGGCUCGGGAGGUGGCCUGCCCGGCGGGGGAUUUGGUGGCUUCGGUGGGUUUGGAGCUCCUGCGGCUCCACAAGCCCCGCCGCCUCAGCCGCAAGGCUUCGGGGGGUUCGGAGGCGGUAAUCUGGGUGGGAAUCCGGGGAUGCUGCAGGGAGGUCUGAAUGCAGGGCCUGCAUUUGAACAAGGACCAGCAAGUCCGAUGGGAGGAGGUUUAGGAGGCUUCGGGCAAGGCCAAGGCAUGCCUCCGCCCGGGACCUACAGCGCGCCAGGUCUACAACAGGCGCCGGGCGAAGAGAGGACACUGGAGGAUCUCGCCUGCACUGUUGGCAUGCACAGUGCGGUCUGGAGUGCUACCAAGCGACAGUUCCGACAGAUCUUCCAAGACACACUGCCGUGGCAACCUGUAGCAAGAGAAGCGUUGUCGGCAACGAUGGAAUCGGGCCUCCAGAUCUUGAUGUCGGCAGGUGCCAUGGCACCCCAGGCGCCCGAUGAGUGUGGUCUCGGAAAGUUGACGCUUCAACUUUUCUCGUUCUCGGCCGUGGAUGAGCCGCAGGUCCUACUGCAGCUCUUUGCAGCUUUGGAGCAGCUGGCGUCGCCAGUGCUCACAAUGCUUCUUGACAUGCCCUUCGCAGGCUUAGCGCAGACUGGAUGGCCCAUAGUUGCGCUGUUAGCGCAAAUAAACUUACGGAAGCAACAGAUUGGCGCAGUGAACGAUGAGCGAGUUGACGGUGUGGACGACAUGGCUGGUCGACAAUUCCAGGCGAUCUUCUUUAAUGGUUUAUCUGUCUCCUCGUGA